CCGUGUUGCUUCGAACAGACAUUCCAAGCAGCUGUUUGACGCUGAGAAAACUACGUUGUUUCAAUGUAUUCUGGUUCGGACACGUGGCACAGUGCUCAGCAAUCUACCAUCAGGAUGGCAAGACAGCGGGAUGCGAGUGUGGCAUAACACUUUUUACACCAGUCAUCACGUGUACACUGCUUGCAACACUGAACAGAGUGGUCCUUUCAACGGACAUUGGUUCCGACAAGCCGUGCAAUAUUGUACAGCACUUAACAUAACAGAUUUUUCUUAAAUUGACCUGUGUUGAGAAGGAAAUGGUUCCGCGCUUACUUUGUUAGGCUUGCGGGCCUAUCGCAUGCAGAACUUCCUAGAAGCGCUCUUUAUUAGUGCAUGGUCUUAAGCAGUGACGUACCUUUUUCAGAAUAUCGUCCACCAGCUCAUGACCACCGGUAGCCUCAUACCAGCUCUACCUUCAUACGAACAAGAGAUUGAAAGUGAACCAAUGAGACAGGGAACACAAUUCAAAUUAGGACCAAUUCUAGGUACAUCUGGACAUCAUUUUUUACCAACAGCUUUCUCGCUUUGAGGUCCCACAAUAGUUUCCACCUGAUCUUUAUCGAAAAGAGUGAGCGUUACAUUGGGCCUUCAGUACACUCCAGAGAAAUGACAGUACUAUACACAAACAAUUUGAUAGUUUGCAUCGGCUGUUUGGAGCUUAUUUGCUCGCAGUACACGUCAUUCGGAUACGACGUUGUGUACCCUCAACUCCUCGAAGAACAAGGUGAUGAUGAAGUGGUUGUUGCCAUCCGACCUGGUCAGAAUCUGACACUGCAGAGGGCAUCUGUAAUGCGGGAAGAACUUCAAUUCACAACAUUCGAAGAAGAUACAGAAAUUAUUUAUUACAUGAAUGGAAGCAAAAUGGAGCAAGAUAUUUACUGCGAUCCUCAAGCGUUUGCAAGCGUCAGUCUUACGCGCUCCAGUGGACUACGACUAGUUGGAAUCCUGAGUUCUACAGAGCGAAUAGAGCCGUCACCUUCUGAGAAAGUAGGAGCCGAUGGUUUAGUGAAACACUACGUCAUACCUAUCAUGCUGCAAAGCUCUGACAACGAUAGUAAUACCGGCACCAAUUUACAAGGCACAGAUAUUGACUCCAAUUCAUCGUCGUCUGACGCUCAUAGUCAAACAGGCAGCACCGUCCUCAAAGAGAGAUCUGGAGAGAGUACUUAUCCUAUAAAAGCCACAUGUGAGACCCGUCUUGUUGUAGACACGGCAUAUUUUCGCGCAUUCGACCAGGACAAGGAGCGGCUAGUGAAGUAUCUGGGCGUCCUUAUAGCAUACGCGAACCUAAAGUUCUAUACAUUCCAACCUAAUAUAGUACAGCUCCAAGUCGCUGUGACAGGAAUAGUGAUUCUUUCGCAGGCGCAAGAAACUUUCAUCGAAAAAUACGAUCAGCGUGACGGCAUCAUGCUUAGAAAGACGCUGGACCAACUGAAUUUAUUUGUGCAAAAUCAAAGCCUGUUUAAGGAUGACGACGCCGUCGUUCUUUUCACAGGGUUGGAUGUCGGCAUGUUGUACACAAACCCGCCGACUUUGAACACCGACAUCGUUGGACUUGCGGAAGUAAGAGGUGCUUGCGGCUCUAAAAAGGCGGCAAUAGUGGAAGACAUACCCCGGACGUUCACCGCCGCUCACACCCUGACACACGAGGUUGGGCACCUCCUAGGUUCGGAGCACGAUGGCGCCACACUGCCUCCGGGUUCACCAAGUCGGGUAGACCCACAAAUAUGCCCGGCCAACUUGAAACACAUCAUGUCAUCCAUUCUCGGGACCAGAAUGAAGGCGGAAUUCUCCUGGUGUAGCGCCGUUCAAGUAGCAGCUUACUUGUUGAGUGACGAAGGAAAGUGCUUAACUACGACUACUUCAAGACCCAGCAAAAUAUUGACGUUUGCUGAUGUGAAUGAGACUCGGCCUUCGUUGGAUGAAUUUUGUAAACGACACUAUGAGGAAUAUCCAGGAACACGCUACUUGGAGGGUAUAGAGAGCUGUCGCAUCGCUUGCAGUGAUCCCAAGAGACCACACCUCAAGAUAUUCAACGACGCACCUGAUGGCACACCUUGCAAUACUGAAAAACCUCGUAUGAUUUGCUUGAACAAUAAAUGCACUCGUGCCCGAGAAAAUACCCACGUGCGGACCUUCGACCUCGGUGCAAAUUCACUGGUCGAGCUAACUUGAAGGUUGGCAAAAAGUAGCCUACAUAUUGAUGACCUCCCGAAUAAAAAAUAACGGCGUCACUUUCGUGUUAACGCCACCUAUAACUAGAAGCGAGCAGAAAUCAAGUAAACAUAACGAUUUCGUUAAAGAGUCCUACACCAGCCGGCAUUGGGAGUUUCCGUUUUGCACUUGAAGAUGUAAAGCGACAGCCUAGGAGUGUUCGAACACAAUCAUUUUUCGUUGACGCUUAGUAAGAGUGGAGAGAAAAACAGCAACCUAAAGAUUGGGAGUUGAUGGUACAAGGAAGUAAAGUACUCUCUCCCCCGCACAUUUUCUAUUUGUUACAGCUAGCUAAUUCCGCGAGCUAUAUUCCUUCCUGCUUUGAUCGUUAUCAGAGCCGAGGACGAGAUAAUGUGCUGAGGACAGAGUCGGCCUCUGCACAAAAGACGUAAUAAACGUUUU